AUUCCAUACGAGCAAUAUAUAAAGAAUCAAAGACCGCGUAGCUAGUCAUUCAAUACUUUGACAAUUCUACCGUCUAUACGUAAUACUUUUGUGACAUCUCAACAUGGCCAAAACGUUCUUGUUCGCAGUUUUUUUAAUCGGAUGCUUGAUAGUUCAAGCUUCGUGCGGCGCUGUACCACCCAAAAAGGAAACGAAAGCUCCACCAGCAGUCCAACAGCCUGAAGACAUUGAUGAAAACGAUGGUUCAGAUGAGUCUGAAACUCCAGAAGAGCAGGAAGACGCAAAUUCAGAUACAAAUGGGAAACAAGACUUGAAAAAUAAUGAAGAAGAGGAAGCCGAAGAUGAAAGUGAAGAAGAAGAAAGUGAUGAGGAAGAAGAAGAAGAAGAAGUACAAGAAAAUGACCGUCCUCUUCCAUUUUUGACCUGUCUGCUGUUCGAAAACGAUUCUGCCUGCGAUGGAACAUGCUCGUUAGUCGGGUCAGUUUAUGGCCAACCAGUCUCUUCGGGAACAUGCGGAGAACAAAACGACUGCAACUGUAACAUUUCACGAGAUGCCACCCUGGAAGACUACUGGAAUAAGAAAUUCGACUCGGGAGACGUGCUUGCAGAAAUCCUGAAAAACAAAAAGCUUUCGAAAAAAGUUUUCAACGUUCUCAGAACACCAUUCAGAACACCUCAAGAAACCAUAUCCGAUCUAAAAGAGGUCCUGAAUGAAAAACAACUACAACGUAUUAUUCCCAAAGACAAAACAGCUCAGAAAAUAUUCCUCGCUGAUGGUAAAUUUGAUCACGGCGCUUUAAGAAGAUACAUCACCAAAAAUCUCAAGUCUUUAGAAGUGUCAACCGAAGAAACCAAUUUUCCGAGAGCCCUAUCCAAAGCCUUACGCAGCGCCGAUAGUUUUACUUUUUAUCGCAUCCACGAUGAAAUACGUCGCUCGGGAAAUAAAUUUUUAAAUAAAAUCCUCACCGAGUUUAUGAACGUCCGCAAUUUAUCAAGAACUGCUCCAAGUGCUGAAGAUGGCGAUGAAGAAAACUUGAUCGAUCUUCUGGACGCAGCUGUAAUCAAUAAGUUGGUCAAAUUACCGCCUCGUGAUCCGUCCACUCGACGCGAUAAGGUCAUGAAUUUAUCCUCAUCGCGUGCCCGAGGAGGCAAUGAAAGCUGGUUUAAGCUUCGAGGAUUCAGAAAAUCAGAGGUUUCUAAAUUUCAACAAGGAAACAGAUGCUGGAAUGAAGAUGGCUACUAUAGGGUCUGUUUAUCUAAAAAUGGUUCUUCCCUGGGUCUGACUUGGCGUAAUAACAAAGAUUCCGUUGUUGUGGAAAUGAGUAUGGCCGAUAAGAAUGAAAUGAACCAAAAAUGGUAUUUCCCAAACGACGUAGUCGUUAGUUUGAGUCGAAAGACGGGUGGAAAAAACGCCCAGACAUGGAAGUUCGGCGAUACCGUUUAUCAAGUUAGUAAAAAUUACAAGGGUGCCAUUAGUGGCGAGAACUGGUCACCUGAGAAAGAUGAAGCUUCCCUUGAGAAAUAUAAACAGCAAAUCAAUUUGUGGUGUGAUGAAAACGGUUACAUGGUAGGCAAAGACAAUUGUGUUAUUUAUUAAAUUAAGAGGAAAUUACCUCACGUAUGUACCUGAGUAGAGAAAUAUAAGUUUAACUGAUGCAUUGAAUAGAA